CUUCUAUAUCCGACCAAUUACAGUGCCCGGCGGCUCAGCGGAAACAGCUUUAGACUACUUUGAUGAGACGGGGGUGGAAAAAUAACAAAGAAUGUAGCGAGCUUGUGGUUAGAGGAAAGACAGAAGAUUACAGCUCAGUGAGCGACCAAGUUGGAGCGUCUUUAAUGGCGAGAACUACAUGAAAUCCCGUCAGCUGCAACAGGAACAGAGGACGAGCAGAAGCAGCCGCAGCAUCAGAGCCGUCAUACAUUUUAGGACUACCUGCCUUCUACAAACCGGGGAGAGAGGAUGCUGUCUUGGCUGAGUGAACUGAUAUGGGCGGACUGGAUUUGGUUUCCUGAAGGUCACGGCUGGGCUGACUUGAAGGAUCAUGAUGGCAAAGUCUUCCCCAAAACUCAGGACCUCUGGGCUACUAUACCCAUUGCUCUCUGCUUCCUAGUCAUCAGGCAGAUAUUUGAACGGACCGUAGCGAUUCCUCUAGCCUCUCUGCUGGGAGUGAGUGACAAGCAGCGUGUCCGUGCUCCUCCAAAUCCAGUCUUGGACUUGUAUUUCUGCAGCACAUCAAAGCAUCCCACACAGAGCUCGAUUGAGAGUUUAAGCAAACAGACGGGCUGUUCAGUGCGACAGGUCCAGAGGUGGUUCAGGCGCCGGAGGAACCAGGACCGACCCAGCAAGCUCAAAAAAUUUAGAGAAGCAAGUUGGAGAUUUACGUUUUACCUUCUUGCUUUCUUUGCUGGCCUGGGAGUCCUAAUUGAUAAACCAUGGUUCUAUGAUGUGACGCAGGUGUGGGAGAACUUCCCAAAAAUGCCGCUGCUGCCUUCACAGUACUGGUAUUACAUGAUCGAACUAGGCUUCUACAUCUCACUGCUUUUCAGCGUAGCGUCAGAUGUCAAGCGAAAGGAUUUCAAAGAACAGAUUGUUCACCACUUGGCCACCAUCGCCCUCAUCAGCUUUUCUUGGCUGGUCAACUACAUCCGGGCAGGGACUUUGAUCAUGUUGGUGCAUGAUGCAGCUGACUAUUUAAUGGAGUCUGCCAAGAUGUUCAACUACGCAGGCUGGAGAAGGACUUGCAACUUCAUCUUCACCAUGUUUGCUGCAGUUUUCAUCGUCACCCGCCUCAUAAUCCUCCCCUUCUGGAUCAUACAUACGACGUUUGUGUACCCGCUGACUCUCUACCGCCCCUUCUUUGGCUUCUACUUCUUCAACGGGCUGAUGUUUGUGCUGCAGGUCCUGCACAUCUUCUGGGCCGCGCUCAUCCUGCGUAUGGUUGUCAAAUUCCUGCCAGGAAAUGACAUUGUCGAGGACGAGAGGAGUGACAAGGAGGAAACUGAGUCAGACGAUGAAGAUGGUGAUUGCGAGCGGAUGGAAAAGUCUAAAAACGGCCACGUGCAGAACGGCCACACUCUCUUAAACAACAACCACAAUAAGAGAGACUGAUUGCACGGUGAGGGCCGCAGAUGAAGCUGUACGAGGAGUGACGAUGGGCCCUGGUCUGAAAGCCAAAGAACGUGAGCGUGGCAGGUUGAAAGGGGACAGCAGGCACACCACACACACACACACACACACACACACACACACACACACACACCCUUCUUUCUUAAACCCCAGUAGUCCAGUGUGGACGAAUGCACAUCUCUAAUUUACACUAAAUGAAAUGUGGGGAAGACUGCCGAGGACGACCAUGAUGAUCUGCUUCAUGGCAGAGCGGUUUCCUCUUUCUCCUCCCUUCUUCUGUUUUUGCUAUUUGCCAAGAUUUUGUGCUGCUGACCAAGUUACACAUCAGAAACCUGCCUGCUUGUAGCUUCAUGAUUUAUUACUGGAAGUGUUUUCAGGAGAGGCUGCAAUUAGGAUGAGUACUUCCUCCUUGUGGUCAGUUAACACUCUACUCAGAAUUACCAGUUGAUUUUUUUUUUUUUUUUUGCUCUAAAUAACCAAACUGAAGUCAGUGACAUUGUGAUGAACACCAUCGUGAAUGUGGCAGUGACUUUCUGUGGACCAUAUCCGGCUCUAAGUCCAUUUACUGAAGUCCUGAGUUUCAGUUAGUAACGAAUCUGUCCAAGCAUUAUGCUCACCCCGAUUCAUGCAAAUGGGCUGAGCCAGUGUUUCAAAAAUAUAUUUGUUACAGUGAGGUUUAAAUAAAUAAAUACAAUUUAAAUCAAAACUGGUGAUAAAUAGUGUUUUUAAUAGUGUGAGAGAAGGUGCUACAUCUGCCACAUGUACUGAAAUGUGCCUUUUUUUUCUUUUUUUUUGCUAGAAAUGUAUCUUAAAGUGUUUUUGUCUUUUGAGAAGCCACACGCACACAAGAUCAUUUAAAGUUUUAGUUUCUGCCUAACAUCUUUUAUUUUUUAUGAUUUUUAUUUUGCUUUUUUUUCCUGUUUCAGUCCAGUCAUUGGUUUAAAUUUGGGAGCAAUUUAUUUGAGUGUAACGCCAAAAAGCCAAACUGUAAUUGUUUAGUGAAUCGGUAGCAUUUCCAUUUAGUGUUUUUCCCAUCAAAAGAUGCACUUUAUGGUUUCUUCUAUAGAUUGACAUUAAUUAAUACUCUAGUAAACAAGCUCAGUGGUGUUUUUGAUUCAAACUGAAACCUGAUUGUCCUUUUGUUUGGAUUAUGAUUCAAUUUUUUUAUAUUUAUUCUAAAUAUUUUUGUUUGUGCUGUAAAAGGAAGAACAAUUAAUGGAAAUCUUCAGUUUAAAAAAAAGAGAGAAAAAUUUAAAUUCCAGAGGAUGGUUUACAUUUUCUAUUUCCUUGUCAUGUGCAAGUGCCUUCAUCAUUUCAAGUAACUUUCAAGUAUCAUUUCAUCACACACUUUACAAGAUCUCCAAAUGCCCUUCAAUUAGUCAGGUACCCGUGGAUUUGCUUCUACUGAAGUGUUUUUAAUCUGCGUCGCAUGUUGCUGAGAUGUAAAAAUCAUAAUGACCAGAAUGAUAAAGAUAACUGUGGAAAACUAUUCUGUUUUCUUCUUUCUUUUAUUUUUAUUUGAAACUAAGAGUUUGACAUUUUUAACAUUGAGCUAAUAAAUAAGUAAAAAGUGAGUUUAA